GCGCCCGCCCAAGCAGGUAGUAGCUUGCUGAGCACGCCGCAUUCCAGCCAGCUGUUCUUCGAGUCUCUCUAUAUAAACCCACACAGCACACAAGGCUCUGGUUCCGAGCAGAGACGUCACCUCCCCCAUUUCGAACGCCAAACUCCUCUCCUCUCCCCUCCCCCUCUCCGCUUUCCCGUACCAUGGCAGACAUGAAGCAAGAGGAGGAUGAGCUAGCCGUGGAUCCCGGUGUCGGUGCUGUGUGCGAUCCUGUGACGAAGCUGCGGUUCGAAGCGAUCGUCUGCCUCCUGGAUAGGAUUCCGAUCACGCUGCAGCAGAUCGACAUGUUUGGCCAGGACGUGGCGUUCCGCACGAAGAGAAUUGGCAACAUAGAGGCGUUGCUCGACUUCCUCAAAGGAAGCGCGGCCGCGACAUGGGGAGCGCGCGCCGGCGCCGGCGAGCCGAUCGAUGCGUCGUCGCCGGAGCUUCACCGUCUGGUGGAGGAUGCAGAGACAGCUUACCGCGACGUCCGCGGCCUCCAACCCAGAAUGGUCGUGCAAAUGCCCCGCGUGUUCCACAAGGUGUGUCUCCCGAAGCUGCACCAGCUGCUGGUCAUCGCGCGCCGCCUCCUCGCCCAGAACGUGGCGCUCCGCCGACUUCUCCUUCAGUAGCCAGUGGGCUGUGACGUCUCUCCCAUGGCGUUGGCCGAGGCCGCUGUAAGUUCGGACGACUUCGAGCGGCACGGCCGCAACAAGGUCGUCAUAGACGAGUUCGGCUACGAGGACCUGCUGCGCCGCCGCCACACCGGCCACGAGUCGCAGAACGAUGCGGACGACGCAGAGCAGCACGGCCGCGAGGUCAGAGAAGGCGAGUACGAGGACCUGAUCCUGAUGCGCCACCGCGACACCAGCCACGAGUUGUUGCAGGAUGAUGCGCGCCGGCGCCGCGCGGAUGCAGAGGCAGAGCAGCAAGGCGGCGACGGCGAGGUCAGAGAUGAGUACGAGGACUACCUGUGUCGCCAGCUCGGCGCCGUCUACAGCGGGCCCGAUCAAAUCUACGAGCACGACAUGCGAGGUCCGGAACCAGCACACUCGCCAAACACGCCCGACCAGAUCUACGUCCCCUGCGAAAGGAUGCUUCCCUACCCAAGCAACUGCGACAACGCCGAGGACCGGAUUCAUAUGGCAUGUCUUGCUCUCAAGAACCUGGUAAAAGACAUGGAAGGAAUCUACUCUCCUCGAGGAACCUUGUGGCAGUAUCUGGAGGACGUCAUCUCUCUUGCGCAUGCUCUGUUUCUGGAGAACACCAAGCUCCACCGGUUCACUGAUCAGGCUUCGCACCAGGACUUGCCGUUGCAGCCGCCGCAGGGCUUCCCAUUUCAACAGCAGCCGCAGCACGAUGGCUACCAGCAGCCGGGCGUCCCGUUCCAGCAACCGCAGCAAGGUGGCUACUACGGCCACGGCCAGGGCAUCAUGUUUCAGCGAGGUGGCUACCUCCAGGAUGUCCCGUUCCAGCACUGGCAGUGGCAGCAGGGUGGUUACGGACAAGGCUUCAUGUUUCCGCAGGCUCAGCAUCAAGGUGGCUACGGCCAAGGUUUCCUGUCCGAGCAGCCGCUGCCCGGUGACCCCAGCUUCAUGAACAUGCAGGCUCCUUACGACGGCGACGGGGGAGUCCUGUUCCAGAAGCCGCAGCACUAUCACCAUGGGCAUGUUCCGAGCGAGAAGGGCGCUAUUCAGCAGGCCAAGGGGAAGCAGAAGAUGCGGGAACCAAAAACUGUCAUGUGCCCGGACUGGUGCAGAACCGGACAUUGUUCCUCUGGUGACGGGUGCGAAUAUGCUCACAGUCAAGACGAACUGCGGGUAAUCGACGCCCGCCCCAAGUACAGAACAGAGCCGUGCCGUUACUGGCUAGCUGGGAAAGGGUGCUGGUAUGGGGACAAAUGCCGGUACAAGCAGCACCGAUUAGCUCGGGAGCCACUGUAUGUCGAUCCAUUCUUGACAGGAGUUGUGGUCGAUCUAGUCUGACAUAGAUGAUACAGCAUUGCACUCUGCAACAGAUCCAGCCUUGUACAGCGUGAAGUUUUAACCUUCGAGACCUUCAGUCCAGUCGUUGCUGAUUAGACCGGUAAUGCUGCUUCUCUGCUUGCACCAAAAGCGAAUGUUUGCCCUCAGUUUCUUUUUGAUGACUGUAUGGGCUGUCAUGUUCCAACUUCGUUUUGUCCAACUCUCUGAUACUAUCAAGUUUUUGAAGUCUGGCAUCGGUGAUCUAGCCGAAAGUUUUCUAGUCUGAAGAUUUUGCAAUGCUGUGUGUCGGUUGAAAUGUUUGCUUGGAGAGGAGUGUGGUAAGAAGGGAUUGUCUUGGUAGCUUGGAUUGAAGUAUAUAUACUCUGCUUCCGCUGAGGGCAUCGCUCGUGUUCAUCUCCUAUUGA